CUGAAAGAGACACCCCUGACCCCUAAUGUAACCAACGACGUCGUAGUUCGUGUUUCAGUCUAAUUGCUCUAUUCUGCUUCCUCGGCAGGUAGAUCUGAAAUCUCCGUCACUGUAUCUGAACUCAGGAACAAAUGGCCGCGUUUAUCAACCUUGAAGAUUCGCCUAUGUUCCACAAACAGGUGCGGUCUUUAGAACAAACAUCAGAUGAGUUAAGAGAUCGAUGCCAAAAGCUGUAUAAAGGAUGUAAAAAAUACACGGAAGUGCUUGGGGUUGCAUUCCAAUGUGAGAUGGACUUUGCAGCAUCGCUAGAAGCAUUUGGUGGUGGUAUUGAUGAUCUUCUAAGCGUAUCCAUUGGAGGUCCAGUGCUAUCAAAAUUUAUUAAUGGUUUGCGUGAGCUUGCCACAUACAAGGAGUUUCUUCGUUCCCAGGUUGAGCAUGUUCUUGUGGGCCGUUUGUCUCAAUUCUUGUCCUUUGAUUUGCAAGAUACAAAGUGGUGGUACGAUUCCUCCAUGACAUUGUGCGAAGAGAAGUGGGUAGAGGAGCAGAUAAUGCAAGUAAAGUUAAUGCUUUCGGGAGAGGAGCAGGUGCUGUGGUGGCCACUGGGGCCACAGGCAGCCACAAGAGGAGGAGGAACAACUUCCACCACAGUGCUGGGGGCACUAUUUGUGGAGUGUCGUCGCCGAUUUGACAAGGCCAUUUAUGCAUAUGACCAGGCCCGAGAAAAGUUUGCUUCUUUAAAGAAGACAGCGAAGGACGAAGUUGUUGCUGAGCUAGAAGAAGAUCUACACAAUUCAAAAUCAGCAUUUGAGAGAAGCCGCUUUAAUAUGGUAAAUUCCCUCAUGAACAUUGAAGCCAAAAAGAAGUUCGAGUUCUUGGAAUGUUUUAGUGCAAUUAUGGAUGCUCACCUACGAUACUUCAAAUUGGGGCAUGAUCUAUUGGGCCAGAUGGAGCCUUUUAUUCACCAGGUGUUGACGUGUGCACUACAAUCAAAGGAGCAAGCGAUGAUUGAACAGGAUAAACUUGCCAAAAGGAUUCAGGAGUUCAGAACACAAUCAGAAUUGAAUCAUUUGCAAGCAUGUGGUAAAUUGCCAACUUCAAAUGCUAUUGGCAUGAAUGGAUUUGGAAUGAGUGCUUAUAAAAGCACGGAGGCAAUCAUGCUAGCUGCUUCUAAAGGUGAGGUGAGUUGUUUCAGAUAUGAUUGGCCAUUGACUGGUUAUGAUAGGAUUGAACUAAUUAGGCGUAGAUAUUUUACCUUACAUGUGAAAUAUAAGAAGGUGGUCUGUGGCAGUUGGGGUUACUUCUCGUACUCCAUAACUGAUGUUAAUAAAGUCCAAACUAUCAAGCAGGGUUAUCUUUUAAAGAGAUCAUCAAGCCUGAGAGCAGAUUGGAAGAGGAGAUUCUUUGUACUUGACAGUCAUGGGACUUUAUAUUAUUACCGCAACAAAGGUGCCCAACCAGGGGGUUCUCCUUCAUUUAAUUCUUUCCACUCACUGGAGCAUAAUAAUCGUGUAUUUAGUAGAUUCCGAUCAAGACAACAUCAAGUGUCAUCACUUGGUGAAGACAGUUUGGGCUGUAGUACUGUUGAUCUGCGUACUUCAACAAUUAAGAUUGAUGCUGAGGAUACUGAUCUACGACUCUGCUUCAGAAUAAUUUCACCAUCUAAAACUUAUACCUUACAGGCUGAAACUGAAGCUGAUAGAAUUGACUGGAUGAGCAAGAUCACUGGUGUCAUUGCAUCCCUCUUGAAUUCUCGCCUGCAACAGUUUGAUUUGGAGAACAAGAAUAACAGCAGAGACUAUGAUUUGGGUGGGACAUCUGUUAGGCAAGCACUUGUUAGCAAUAAAAAUGCUCCAGAUGACAUGAGAGAGAACCAAGCUGACUCCGUUUCCAAGAUUCUGAGGGAAGUUCCUGGAAAUGAUCAAUGUGCUGAAUGCAGUGCCCCAGAUCCUGAUUGGGCAUCUCUGAAUCUUGGCAUCUUAAUGUGCAUCGAGUGCUCUGGUAUUCACCGUAAUCUUGGAGUUCACAUAUCUAAGGUAAGGUCAGUCACCUUAGACGUGAGAGUUUGGGAACCUACUGUCUUAAAUUUAUUUCAAGCUCUGGGAAAUUCCUACUGUAAUUCUGUCUGGGAGGAGCUGCUACCACUGCAUACAGAUUUAAUAAUAGAGUCUGAAGCUCCCUCCUUUGCGAAACCUCGGCCCAACGAUGCAAUUACCCGAAAGGAGAAGUAUAUUCAAGCAAAGUAUGUCAGGAAACUGCUCGUAAAUAGAGAAGGCAGAGGUCCUGGGGAUCUGUUGUCCUCCACCAUCUGGGAAGCUGUUAGAGCGAACAAUCUGCGGGAAGUAUAUAGGAUCUGUGUAGCAUCAUUAGAUGAGAAUAUAGUCAACUCUUCUUGUGAUGAGAAAAGUCGGACUUGCUACAAUAACGAAGAAGAGAACUUGAACCAGUCGUGUGAUGGUGAUGCGGGAAAUGGACUUGAGGAAUGUUCUUUAUUGCAUUUGGCCUGCCACUGUGGAAGUUUGAUGAUGAUGGAGCUUUUGUUGCAGUUGGGUGCUGAUAUAAACAAGUGUGACCUCAAAGGCAGAACUCCUCUCCAACAUUGCAUCUUGAGCAGAAACAAUGAGAAGGCCAAGUUUCUGCUCAGAAGAGGUGCACGUGCAUCUAUAAAAGAUGCUGGCGGCUUUAGCGCUCUGGAAAGGGCUAUGGAGAUGGGAGCAAUCACUGAUGACGAGCUCUUCAUUUUGCUUGCGGAGAGUGAGUGAAUGGACAUUUGAAAUAUAUUAAUUUAUGUAGUGAUCACAAUUUUAAACUAUCUGUGUAUUUCUUUUUUUAAUUGUUUCUUCUCUAUUGUCUUUAGCUUUUUUUUAAACAAAAGAAAAAAAAAAAAAGCUUGGGCUCGUCCAAUGCUCUUCAUCAACUUCAUACUCUCUUACAUUUCUUCACGAGCCUUAUAAUGAAGUCGGAGAACAAUGCAGUAUUAGUUAUGCUUAGUGAAUUUGUGGAUGAAUCUGUACUACAGACUAUCUGAAAUACUGGAUAUUUGAAAAAGAAAAAUAUUGGAUCUGAAAUAUUGGAUCUUUGAAUCUUGCAACGAAUAACCUUUAACAAUUUUGG